AUGAAGACCACUUUCGCCACCAUCUUGGCCACUCUGGCCGCCAGCACUCUCGCUGCCCCUACCCCCACCACCGGCCUUGGCUCCCUCGCCGGUCUCACCGACAUCGUUGGCGACUUGACUAAGAUCCAGGGUCUUGACGGUAUUGCCGAUGUCCUCAAGCUCGGUGAUGUCACCAAGGAGCUCGACUUGGAGAACCUCCCCGUUGUCUCCAGCGUCGGUGACCUGAGCAAGCUGCUCAAGGUUCCCUCCUCCUCCGCUGCCUCCAGCACCCCCGCUGUUCAGGACGGCCACAUCGUCCAGAACCUCGGUCCCCAGCUGAACAACGUUCUCACCAUCACUGGCACUGACCUCAAGCCCCUGCUCAUCGAGCUGAGCCCCGAGGUUACCACCUUGGUCUCUUCCCUGGGUCUUGGUGCCCUCGGUGUCCCCCUCGGCUCCAUCGUUGCCUCCGCCAGCGAGCUCGGUGACCUUGUUACCGGUCUCGGCCCCUACGUCGACGGUCUCGUCACCGUUGUCGGUGCUGAUGUUGGUGCUCUCCUCGUCUCCCUCUCCCCCGAGGUUGCUGCUCUCGUCUCUGGUCUCGGUCUCCCCACCGUUGGUGUCCCCGUCGGUGAGGUCCUCGCUACCGUCGGUACCUCCCUCAAGAAGCGCAACCAGAUCGUCGGUGACCUCGCCCCCGAGGUUAAGGAGAUCCUGACUGUCACCGGCCCCAACGCCAAGCAGCUGCUCAUCAAGCUCUCCCCCGAGGUUGCUUCUCUCGUCUCUGGCCUUGGUCUCCCCUCCGUCGGUGUCCCCGCCGGUGAGGUUGUCAAGACCGCUGCCAACGUUGGUGACCUCCUUGUUGACAUCUCCGGCCCCGUCGAGAACCUCCUCAAGGUUGUCAACAAGGACGGCUCCGCUCUCCUCAUCCAGCUUUCCCCCGAGGUUGCCUCCUUGGUUGCUGGUCUCGGCCUCUCCGCCACCGGUGCCUCCAUUGGCUCCGUUGUUGCCACCGUUGGCCAGAACCUUUAA